CAGAAUAAAGAUUGGGACAUAUUAUUCUGUUACAACAAGAAUGGUAUUGAGCCUUUAAUGAAUCUAAUGGGCUAAUGAUAGAGAAUCCAAAAUCAGUUCAUAAUACGGUAAUCAUAUUAAUUAUGCCUGGACAGAUUCUUGAAACUGUGGACUAGUAGAACUAGUGCCUACCGUACUAUUUUUAAAUCAUUACAUUAUUUUCCAUAGUUUAUAGAUUCUGGUAAAUGCUGCAUGUUAUUGUGAGAAAGUGGACUUUAGUAUGAUUAAUUCUUUUCGGAAAAGUGCCAUCCAGGUUUGGGGACCAAAAGAUAAUCCACCAUUCUUCAGAAAAUAUUCAGAUAUUUCGGCAGAAAAUCAGCAGUUUAUAUUUUGGCUAAAAAAGGAAUACGAGAGAGAAGAAGACGAAUAUUUGACGUACAUACAAGAAACUUCAAGAUUCUCAAACAACUUUGAAAUUCUUGACUGUAAACAUUAUUUGGACAGUAACAUUUACUACCAGAAACAACAAAACCAAUAUCUACAGGGAAGAGAAUCAAGUAACAAGAGUGGUAAAUUCAACGGAUCAAGUCAAAACCAAUCUCAAACUGAAAGGACUAAAGCUAGCCAAAAUGCAACCCCUCUAACCGUGUCUACUCAAAUAUAUAAAGAUCAGAGAAAGUAUAAUCGUAUCCAUAAAGAAUUGUUUCCCAACGAAGAAAAAGAUGAACGGCUUAGUAAUAUUGAUUACAUGUAUUAUGAAGAGUUUAUGACACCAAUUGAUUUAUGUUUCAAUGGGAAUCCAAACGAAUGUCACGAAAAUCAUAGUCAGUAUGACAAUUGCAGUUUAUCAGAUUCAUCUUGUGAAGCUCGAAGAAGUUUGCCAACAGCUUCACCAGAACAUGGGAGUGAAUUCUGCGACACUCCUUUUGGCCAAAAUGUUUUCAAUGCGAUUCAUAUUAACGACAAAGACAGUGAUAUAGCAGAUCACCACAAUUCAUAUUUAGAAGAUUCACGAAGUAUGAUCUCCCUUAAGGAUAACUCAAGCUAUUCUUGUUUCGACCAAACGGAAACAGAGGACAAAAGAUAUGAUGACAUUUAUAGAGGUUUGAUAUGCCCCGGUGCCGACUAUUUAGAUAGAACUAGAAGCAAUAUGUUACCAUUGUUAGUGAAGGAUAAUCCCAUAAAAUAUAAUCUGGAUGCAACUGAAUAUAAACACGAAUUGUCGGACACUGUGUAUGACAGUAACUACUGUCAUAAUAGGGUAAUACCGACAUUUAAUAACCAAAAUAGUACCGAAAAUCAGAUGGUGGAAAAUGAAUUUCUAAGCGUCGAUGCAAUGAUGCGAUCACCCAAGGGAUCAUCACCUACAAUUGACAAAAGUAAUAAAACAAUGUCCUCUCUGUCUAGAAAAUUAAUUGAUCACCAACAAAUAAGACUUCAGUUGAAGAGUCACACCCACCAAAAAAAGUGUUCUGGGAAAGAAAAAGACAGUGAAGAAAGGAAAUAUUUCAUGAAGGGUGAAACAUUAACAAGCAGAAAUGAAUUGAAAAAGUCCAGGACUUCAGCGAAAUCUAGCAAAAGAUAUACUGGAAAUUCAAAUGCGGUUAGCGAUUUUAAGAAAUUAAAAACUCAUCCUUCGACAGCUGUCCAGUUACAAGUCGGUGUAGACAACAGAAACGAGACAGAAGUUUUAUAUGAUACCAGAUUUAUAGACGUUUCUAAGCUGCCUAAAGAUGGUAGAAUAAAUCUUCAAACAUGUCUAUUACAGGCUGACAGUUUGUCAUUCACCAUAAUAUAUAACGAUGGCAGCACUUUAAUAACAACAGGUCACCAACAACAAGAAAAUAAUAAAAAAAAGUUGACGAAGAAUUCUGGUAAAAGUAUAGACAAAUGGGCAAAGUGUAUAUGUGGGGCAAUAAGAGGUGGCCCUUUUAAAGAAUAUAAAGAUCAACUUUUAGUAUUUCCCCUUGAAGAUGAAAGUGAAGAGAAAGAAUACUUUAGCUGGUUUAGAGAGAUGAUGCUGAAAAUUUUUAAGGAGAGAGAAGUUAUUAUAUUUGAUGCCCAGAGAAUAAUCAUAACCCUUAUUGAAGUAUUCCACUUACAAGAUGUCCACAAGAAAGAGACUGAAAACUGGGAUAUUCAAGAUCCGUUAUUAGGUGUUUGGUUGCUGGAUGCCAAUAAAUCUCCUAAAACGUUCCUGGAAGUUUUACGUUUUGCCAAGUUAACACCAAUUAAUCACAGGGUGGUUGGUAAAGAAACAAGCUGGUAUAUUAAAGCUAAUCUAUUGCUGAUGAUGGCGGCCGUGAAAAAAAUAAACGCUUUAUUAAAAGAACAGAAUAUAUAUAAUCUGUAUAUAUGUGUUGAGACUAAACUUAUACCAAUAUUGGCUUGUAUGGAAACAGCCAGAUUUAAAAUAGAGAUGAGCACGGUUGCUAAAUUCUCUGAUAUUUUGAAGAAAAAAUUACUGAAAUUGGAAACCCAGGCUUUCCAUGCCACUGGUCAUAGUUUCUCUAUAAAUAGUCAUCCUCAACUUCGUCAGGUGUUGUACGAAGAAUUGCAGUUAGAUAAAAAGUUACCAUCAAAUUGUAAAAUGGUAAAAACAAGUGUAGCUCACCAAAAAUCCACAUCAGAAAGUAUGUUAUCUCAGAUGGCAGCGUAUCAUCCAUUACCUAAUAUAAUACUUGAAUAUAGACAGCUACAAAAGUUAAAAUCUACCUAUGUUGAUGGAAUGGUGUCAUGUAUAGAGAAAGGUUAUUUAUCAACACACUGGGAUCAAAUAGCAGCUGCUACAGGCAGAUUAUCAUCUUAUCAUCCUAAUAUACAGGCCAUACCUAAAACAUCAGUUACUUUAACUAAUUAUAUGGACAAUUUUAUAGAAGGAAAACAUGAUGAAUCUAAAAUGGAUAUUUAUGCAAGAGAACCAUUUAUAAGCCAUGAUGGGUGGGUUCUUCUAGCAGCAGAUUUUCAGCAGGUUGAGUUGAGGUUAUUGGCCCACCUAUCUAAAGAUGAACAACUAUUGUCAAUAUUUGAUGAUGAUAAUUGUAAAGAUAUAUUUAGAACAUUAACGUCACAGUGGUUAUGUAAAGCCUAUGAUAAAAUAAGCCAAGUAGAGAGAGAACAAACUAAAAGAAUUGUUUAUUCUGUAAUGUAUGGUGUAGGGAAAGACAGAUUAGCUGAUUAUCUCAAGGUGUCGCCAGACAAUGCCAAAGCUAUCAUGAACAGUUUUCUCAUCAAGUUCCCUGCCGUUAACAGAUUUACUAAAACAUGUGUAGAAUUCUGCAAAAAGAAUGGUUUUACAUCUACAAUAUUUGGAAGGAGGCGAUAUGUACCAAAUAUACGUAGUUUCAACCCUGUGUUACGAGCCCAAGCAGAAAGACAAUGUGUAAAUUUCUGUGUUCAAGGAUCAGCAGCUGAUUUAUGUAAGUCUGCAAUGAUUAAAGUAGAAUUUGCACUCCAAAAUUUUAAUUCCAGAUUGCUGGUUCAAAUUCACGAUGAGUUAGUCUGGGAAGUGCCCGAAUCCCAGAUAGCAGAAGUUACAGAAAUUGUGAAGAGAAUAAUGGAAGAUGGACAAGAAUUGUGUCAAGAUAUUGCCACAUUAAGUGUACCAAUUGCUGUUACGGUCAGCACAGGAAGAAGUUGGGCUCAUUUAAAAACGACCCUUUUUACACCUGAAUUAGAAUGUCGUAACAGUUAAUGUGUAGCUGUCUGUAACUCAAAACAUUGUUAAAAGGAUUUUAGUAAAAUUAAUAGAAAUUCAUUCGGAGGUGAUCAGUUGUCGAAGAGAAAAGUAGUGGAUGUAAAUGGAACACAGAUGAAUGCUAAGGGAGAAAGCUAAAUCAAAAUUUCACAAAUGUGGACCUAUUUUGAAAAAAGAAUCAUCCAAAUGCAGGCUAAUUGUGUAUUACAUGUAUUUCUUUGUCUGUUAUAUAUGCGAAGUUAUAUUAAAUAAAAUUUAUUAUGUAUUUUAAGGUUCAGUUUCAAGAGGAAACCUAUUUUGCAAAGAAUAUGUAAACUUUGAUCCUAGCCUAUUCCGAUAGUAUACUUAGAUUGGCUAUUCAAUUUUAUAAAAUUGUUAAUAUAUCUAGUAUUUGUUUGUAGCCCUAUAGUUUUGCCUUUAAAAUGUCAAUGCAAUAAGACUAAUUUAAGUCAGAAUAAGCUGUCGUCAUUAAAUCAGUCUUUUAUCAUACUAAUUGUUGAAUAUCUGCAUACAAAUUUUGAUGUUUAUCUCCCCUUUUAGUUAUGACGUGGACUUGCCCGGCCUUUCUUCGUAAUGCUUCAAGGUCUUAAGCUGGAAUUUGAUGAAAAUCAUUCCACAGUCGUAAUAUGGGUAAAUACAGACCCAGUUCCGAGUUUUGUCACGACUGGCCUACGUUUAUAGGAAUUACUGCAGAGAUCUCUUCCAUACUGUCAACCGAUAUGAUCGGAACCCACUACAUAUCCAAAGAUAGAUGAAGUUUUUACUUUAGUGAAACUGAAAAUUAUAUUACAAAUGACCAAUUUUAUUAAACCUUCAUCAUAUAAAAAAUUAGUUGGUGUUUCUACUGCAGAUAGUUCCUUUGGACAAGCAUUUAAGAAAAUUAAUCACUGUUAUCACAGAUCUAAUAAAGGCUAAGUAUAUAUAUUAUUAUCAUUAUCUUUUACAUUAAAAAAUUGUUAUAACAUUUCAUACAUAUUAAAUUAAUUUUGAACUGGCAAUUUAUGUUUUAACAAGGUUUUCAAGAACAUCGCAGAUACACAAACUUUGCAAAAGAACUGUUCUAAUCUAUUUGGGAGAUGAAUAUCGCAAUUACAUUAUGCCUGACAAUGUACGGACAAUAAUAAUUAUGAACUAUUUAUAUUCAUUAUCUAUUGAAUGUGACGGAGGAGCACGAUUGAGAGUCAUCAUUUUGUUUUAAAUAAUGGAGAGGAGAGUGGUUAAGUCAAUAUGAUAGAUGGAGUGCCUGGUUUAAGUACAUAUAUGCUAAUUUACAAAUUAUAGUAUUAAAUGUUACGAUGUUAGUAGGUAUUUACAAAUUAUAGUAUUAAAUGUUACGAUGUUAGUAGGUAUAUUCAUUUAGGUAAGUAUUUGGUUAUUAUUAUUAUCAUAUAUUUAAUGAAAUAUUUCCUGUAUUUAUUUUGAAUAUGUGUGGAUUUUAGUUAACCGUUAAACCUUCUUUUCUAUCAGCCACAGUCCCCUCCACAAUAUCCCUUCCUUCUUCAAAGCCAGUAACUAGUUCUCUAAUUCUUGUUCCUGCUUCUGUCUUUGAGCCCUUUUCCAUGUCGUCUAUUGUAGUAACAAUGCUCCAAAUAUCAA